AUGUUGGCUUCUACGAACCUGAUGUUGUUUGCUGAAAGGUUUGGAUUGGCUCCAUCAGCGAACAGGAAAGCCACUGCAGGGCUAAAGCUGGAGGUGAGGGACUCAGGCUUGCAGACUGGUGACCCUGCUGGGUUCACUCUUGCAGACACCUUGGCCUGUGGUGCUGUCGGCCACAUCAUUGGAGUUGGGGUUGUUCUUAGUCUCAAGAACAUUGGUGCACUUUAAACACCUUCAAAGCCUCACGCAUCAUGCAUCUGUAAUCAAUUAGUCAUGUACUUUAUUUUCACUUCA